CCUCUCGAAAUCGUCAAACCUUACCUCCCUUACAACUCAUUCAAACCCUAUUUCCCAAGCUCCUUCAGAACUCUCCUUCCAACAUGUCUCUCCCUCCAGUUGAGAAGCUGCCUCUAGCUCUUCGCAAGAGUGUGAGGGAUGACUGGGAUGCUAAGAAAGGAGAUCUUGAGGCUAAGAUCACCGAGAUCUUGGGCACUGAGUGGACUAUAGAUGUAAAUCCCAACCAGGUCUUCGCCUACGCAGGGGAAGAGAGGAGUUAUGCGAGGGAGAGUCUAGGUGCCUGCAUUCACGAAUACUUUGACAGUGCUAUGAGGCGACUGGAAGAGUUCAGCGAUUACUUCAAAGAGGAUGGUGUGAACGAGCUCAACACCAUCGCCUACGCUCAUGUCCUCAACUUGGAUCUCGACGAGCAGAAGCGCUUCAGUUACUGUGGGUGUGACGUCGUCGAGGGUCGGCUUCGCCUCCUCUUCAGUCCAGGCAACCUAGGCUGCAACAUAGGGUCGUGUCUUGACCGCGAGGUUCUGGCAAAGGCGCUCAACGACGCGCCCGCACCUGAAGAUGCCGCCGCCCCCAUGAGCUUCCAUGCUCGCACCAGCAUUCGUCAAGAAUACGACCCCAAGAUCGAGGAAACUCGGGCACGCAUCGGCGAGAUUCUGUCCAAGCCGGACAUCAAGCUCAACCCAAACUUUGAGGAGAAUUACGCCAAGCUCCUAGAAGAGAGCAAAGUUAAGAAAACGAAUCUUGUUAAAGAAUGGGAACAGCUCUUGGGUGGUUGGACCAAGAGUUACUUCUCGGGUCUGCUUAGCCAGCUCCAGUGGCAAAAAUUCGAGGACGACGAGCUCUUGCAGGAGGGUUUCAACGAUGUGGUUGACAAGGGAGAGGUUGUACUGAGACUCGUCGACAAACUUCAGAAGGACUCAUACUGCGAGUGCGUGAUUGAGGAUGGUAUCCUCUAUCUCCAGACUACUCCUAAGACUUGGGGAUCGAACAUAGAUAAUGCUGCCUCGAAGUUGAUGGACCUCUUGUAAAAGGGAUGUAUAUUAGUUCGUUUAUAUUAGAAUCUUGAUGAUUAAUAAUCAACCUUGCAUGUUUAUAUUCAA